AUGGUAAAACUGCGAGAAGGCGAAGUUAUUCUUCAUCGAAAAGCCGAUACUCCAUUAACGUUGGAUUACGAAGAGCAUUGUAUAAUUGUUCAAGAUAAAAAAAUUGCUGUGUUACAAUGCGUGCAUCCAACAACCGAUAUACGACUCAAAAUAUUGGGAUAUGGAAUGUUAAUAUCUGUUCCAUUUUUGAUCAUCACGCUAAUAGUCUACAUGAUUUUUCCUGAGUUACGAAAUGUUCAUGGCUUGUCUCUUAUGAGUUUUGUUGGAGCGUUAACCUUGGCAUACACUUUUCUCGGAAUCACAAAUGCUACGUCCUUGAAUGCGCACAAAAAUCCUCUUCAAUGUACUAUUUUCGGAUAUAUCACGUACUUUUCCAUGAUGCUAAGUUACUUUUGGUUGAACGUAAUGGGCUUUGAUAUUUUUUGGACAUUCAGAAAAGCUUUCCGAAAGACAAAUAAUAAGACGAUUUUCCGCAUUUAUUGUGUGUAUGCCUAUGGGAUGGCGUCAUUUUUGUUGAUUCUUAUACUGUCACUCGAUUUAUCGGGCAUUGAUUUGAACUACAAGCCCGGAAUUUAUUUUACAAAAACUUGUUUUUUACAAAAUUUAUUUCUCACGAAAUUUAUAUACUUUAACCUGAUACUAUUGCUUUUAACAACACUCAAUGUGGGAUUUUUCGGAAGAACAUUGUACAAAAUUCAGAAAAUCAAAGAGGAAACCGAUAACGUAAUACAAAGGGGAAACAGUUCACGUCAUUCUAAAGACGACAACAAUCGAUUUUCGAUGUAUUGGAGACUUUUUAUCAUCAUGGGAAUUAAUUGGAUCAUGGAAUGGUUCUCGUUCUUCGUGAAUGGAGAAAGUCCCGCCUUUUACAUGUUUGACAUUAUAAACGUUCUUCAAGGUGUUUUUAUAUUUCUCAUCGCUGUCUAUUUCUCCGUACCCAAACAACAACAAUUACUACAUUCGAAUCUUGAAAUUGAUGUCGAUUCGCAAUCAAAACGAACCGUUGAAGCACUUCCUCUUAGGAAAAUCGAAAAAUAA